AGUCGGUAUAAACCAUCGCUCACGCUUGGAUUGGAGUAUCGGAGCAACCAGUCCGCGAGCAUAUACAUAUACGUAUUAGGAAUGUAAUCUGUGCUCGAUGACCCAUCCGUUACCUGUGUACGACGCGCUGCAAUUUACAUACUGCCAAAUUUCAUCCAGGAGUGGAAAAGAGGCUACAGGCGAUCCUUGAGGAAGCGCCAUUGAAGAACCUGCGGCAGAACAGGCGUCGGUAAUCGAUGGGUUGAUAACGCUCUUUGUGCCAUUCUCUUUUCGUUGUCAGGGUGUGUAGCUUACCUAUGAGCCAUGCUGAAGGUGGUUGGAGCCUCGUGGUGGCAGACGCGCAUCUCCACCUACAUCCUCGUAGCCGUUGCUCUCAUCGGCAUCGGCGCGAUCAUCCUCAGCGAAUGCGAUCUUUUACACGUUGAAAAAGAUGGAAUCUACUCGGCUACCGUAUCGUGGAAUCACAAGGGAGGAUAUCACAUCGAGUUUUGGGGCCAAGGCAAUGACCUCGCCAAUGUGCAAUUGAAUGUCGCCCGUGCCUAUUAUAAGACCAGCAUCUUGGAAUCCGGAUGGUCCAUCAUCGAAAUAGAAACUUCAUCCAAAUAUCCGGACAUCGUGCAAGCUUACGCGGCCGGUUUGUUGGAAGGUAGCCUAACAUGGCAAUUGAUCUAUCAUCAUUGGCACAAUACCUUCGAUGCCGUUUGCGAAAAACGGGCUAUCGAGUGUUGGAAAUUGAUGAAAUUCUUUCGCGAAAAUGCGGCCGAGAUUCGCGAACGUGCCGAACGCUUUGCACCCACGGAUUCAUUUUGGCAUAUGGUGCGACUGUUCUAUAUUCAAUUGGACGGCUUGGAAGCUGGCUGGAGAUACGCGGUUCGUCGUAGUCGACAGACAGUGGAAAUGGAUACGGAACAUUUCCUCUGGCUGGCAAUGGCUGCAGAUCUACCGGAUCUCGAGCGAAUGCUAAACGAUUCCGAUUCUCGAAGCAAUUGCACCAAAGGCAUGAUUUUCCUUAAAAGUCUACCUCGCGAAGGGCUGGAACCGUUGAUAGCUAUCGGACAUACCACUAUUGCUCCAUACGUUAAGAUGCUGAGACUGCUAAAGAAGUACACUUUUGGUUAUCACGUAUUGCCGAAGACAUCCGCACCUGUGCCAGGCAGAUCCAUCAUAAUGUCAUCUUAUCCUGGUGCUCUGUCGUCCCACGACGAGUUUUAUUUAAUCCGAGGUCAAAAUCACGAACUAAUUGUUGCCGGAACGCCGUGGACAAUCGCUAAGCGCAGUCUGUGGAAUUUUACAAAUACAAAAAAUCAGGUGAUGUCAUCCGUGAAGGUAAUGACGGCAAACCGUCUGAAAACUGACGGGCAACACUGGUUUGAUAGCAUAUCGCAAAAUAAUGCCGAUAUAGGGCGGCAAUGGAUCACUUUAGAACCGCGUUUUGGUACUAUCUGGCUUAUCAAGCAGCUGCCGGGGAUCACCCAUCAGACGCGUAUCAACAAACAGUUUGCCGUCACUGGCGCUCUUUGGAGCACCGGAGAAAUCCAUCCGCGUGAAAACAACGAGACUGACGAAGAUUCUUACGAUACGGUAAAGAGCGAGCUGGUCGCGAGAUUGCAGACAAACGUCACUACAAUGGAGCAGUUUAGGAGGCUCAUGCGAGGAUACAAUCACGAGGCACCUACCACCAAGAAAGAGGAACAGGCGCGAAUCCGGACUUACAGAGGAGAUCUAGGGAAAGUAGCUCUACCAUUUGGCGUAAUUGAUGCGAAGAUCGUGCUGGCUGACAUCAAUGGUAUAGAGACUUUCGAAGCCAUUUCUGGACCGAGCACGCUAGGCUCUAAGCAACCCUUCCAAUGGUCGAAAACUUUUCCCAACGUCUCGCACGUCGGCCAGCCCGAUGUCUUUAAUUUCGAUAGCGUUACUCCUUUGUGGGUUUGGCUCUGAAUCAUCUAUCUUCAAAAGCGACAUUCGAUCAAAUACUUCGAAACUAUAAUUUAUCCAAUGAAAUCUCUGAUUUGAACGAGUUUCGAAACAAGUCCAAUAUAAAAUUCUUGAUUUGGAUAACUUUUAAAACGAAAGUUUGAUGUAACUAAUAUAAUUAUUGUAAAAUAAUGUUUAUUGGAUCGUAAACAAAUAAAUAUAUCUAAAGCGCGUAUUUGAUACGUACGCACGUUAUAAGUGCGUACUUUGCUUUUGUAAAUAUAAUAAAAUUUAAGAAGAAAACAAGAAAAGAUCUUCAGCUUUUCAACAAAAUUAUUAUUGAGACGACUUGUUUGCUUCUUUAAAUCAUUGAUUCACAAUUUUAGUUGAAAAAUAGUAAUGUUAGUAAUGACGAAAAAAGAGAUGUAUAACUUUUUGAACUCUAUAAAAACAGAAAAUUGACCAAUAAAAUGCAAGCAAAGCAAAAUAAUCAAUAAUUAAUUAAAAAAUUUAACAUUUAAGUAAAAAUUGCAGAAUUUGAAAAUGAAAAUAAAUCGCGCGCGAAAUAACAUUGUCAGCAACUGAUGAUUCAUUGAUUAUGGAGAGAUGAUUCCCGAUUUUCAACGUCUUUAUUAUGGCUCUGGUUUAAAAUAAUAAAAACAGCUGGUUCAUAUGUCAGCCACGUGCCGUGUAAAAUCUUUGAAAAAUAAAACAAAAAAAUUAAUUUAA